UUCCUGCCCUGGAACUGCCAAUAGCGUUAGUUCUGGAAUUUCUGAUGUACUCUAUAGUACUUUGUUGCAAAGAUUAUAACUGUAGACGUGGUUACAUUUCCAUCCUGUGAAAAUGAAGUACACUUGUACAGUUUUCUUUGUUAUAGCAACGCUUUUCUUUUCCACUGGGACACCAGCUACUCCUGAAGAUAUUCCUGCUUUAAAGAGUGUGGAGCAUGGAAAUAUUACCGUGGCACUAAUGAACAAAACAGAGAGAUUAAUGAAGCAGUAUAUAACCGAAUCUGAAAGCAAAUCAUCAGAAGAAUCCACUAACAGCACCGAGAACUGUAUCAAAUCAUGUGAAGCUACAACAAAAAUCAUGAAAAAUGAGAAACAAUUCAUGUGCAGAAAUCUGCAAAAUGCACUUGCUGCCUACACCAGAAAUACAAGAAAACUGAUUAGGGAUAUGAUGGAAGACAAUCAGAAAUCCCUGGAUUAUUUGUCUAGUCAGAUAAAGGAGUUAACAAACAGGAUAAUGUUUCUAAACUUGGAAUCCUGGAAAAAUAAUGUAGAACCACUGCCUCACAAACCAGUAAUGUCACAUGGAAAAGACUGCACUGAUAUAAUGGACACUAUGGGAUCAUUUACAAGACUUCAAAAUGGCAUCUACAUAGUCCAACCAGAAGGCAUAGAUUAUCCAUUUGAGGUGUUUUGUAACUUUGAUUAUAAAGGAGGGGGAUGGACUGUUAUUCAGAGACGCAGUGAGGGAAUUAUUGAUUUUCAAAAGACAUGGUCUGAGUACAUGGAUGGAUUUGGAGAUCUCCUAGGAGAAUUUUGGUUGGGACUGAGAAAGGUCUACCAUAUUGUCAGUCAAAAGAAUACCAACUUUAAGCUUCAAGUACAACUGGAAUCAGUUGAUGGAACUUCUGCAUAUUCAGCAUAUGAUAGCUUUUGGUUGGAAGAUGAGACUAAAUUCUUCAAGAUACAUUUAGGACGCUAUACUGGGACAGCUGGAGAUGCUUUCCGAGGUUAUAGACAAGAAGAUAAUCAAAGUGCAAUGCCAUUCAGCACUUCUGAUGUGGACAAUGAUGGUUGCACUCCUUCCUGUAUUCUUGAUGACAAAGCUUUUGAAAGUUGCAGUACCCUGAACAACAAAAGUGGUUGGUGGUUUAAUCAAUGUGGUUUGGCCAACUUAAAUGGAAUUCUUCAAGUUAAUGAAAAAUCUGUCUUGCCAAACAUUCAGUGGGAUACAUGGUUAUCUGAAGGAACUUUGGUGAAAAUUAAGUCAGUCAAAAUGAUGAUCAGGAGAACUUCCUAUCCAGAUUUCUAAUAAAAAUAGUGACAAUGUUCAGCUUGGGAAUAUGCUUUGAUUUUCAGUAUUCAGAUGUUGUCAUUAUUUUCCAUAAAUCAAGCUUGAACAGUAGAUGCAAGCUGUAUAACAUUAUUUACAAAGCAAAUGUAUCAAAUCUCAAAUUGACGCAAGCUUUCUCUUUAAAGAGAGCUUGAAAUAAUGUGUUCAAUGUUUAUUUAGUAAAAGGUGGCAAGAAAACAAUGUAAUUAGCUUACCAUAGUAUGCUGUUUAUUUUCUGUGAUUAAAUCCAGAAUCACCAUCUGACAUUACAUUUUACUUUCUUAUUCAAAUAAUUACUUAAGUCUUCAGCAUUCACAAAUUUGUUCAUAUUAUUCUGAAGCCCACACUCUACUGGUCUUCAUGAAGGUUAACUGCUUAAAUUCAAUGUUGUCCCUGUACUUAUCAAGUUAUGUUUGAAAAUUGUAAAUGGCGUGCUUAGUUUUAUUGCAACAAUGUGAUUUAUUUAAAAGGUUUUGUAGUAUUUUUGUAAAGAAUCCAUAUAUUUUAUGUUACAAUAAAUUUAAACAGCAGAUUAUUGAAUGUUUGAACCUGGCUUUAUAUUCAAAGUAGAUGUCUCUCCUACAUAGUAUUUAUUAUUCAGAGAACAAAUUUCAGUCUUGUCUGUUAGCAAUAUAUAAAGUACAUUGGUCAUAUUUGGAAGUAUCUUUGUUUUACAAUUUAUUUCUUUUCCCAUGUAACCUUCAUAAUAUAGUUGCAAGUAAUUUUGCAAAAAAUAAAGAUUGUAGUGUGCUGUUUGAGUUUUCAGUUUUUACUAAAAAAUAAAACUGAGGAAAUUCUGAUUAAAAUGUAAAACCAACCAAAAACAAAUAAAAGCAAUGCUGAAACCAAAAUCUCCAAGAA